AUGUCACCUAAACCAAAUCUGAUUUUGUUUAUGCCUGAUCAAUUGAGGUAUGAUUGUAUUGGCGCAAACGGAAAUCAAAAGAUUAAAACACCGAAUAUCGAUAGACUGACGAAAUUGGGAGCACGGUUCUCGAAUUGUUAUUUGCAGCAUUCCGUAUGUUCUCAAUCACGAGCUUCUAUGUUUACUGGUAAAUAUCCGCAUGUUACCGGACAUCGGGGAUUGACGACGUUGAUUAAGCCUUAUGAAGACAACUUAUUCAAGGCUUUAAAGAACGACGGAUAUUUUGUUGUUAACGUUGGAACUAGAGGUGAUUUGUUUUCUGCUGGUGGAUAUGAAGAGAGUUUUGAUGAAUAUGGUUUCACUGUACAGAUCGAUUACAACUUUAAGAGAAACCAAUCGUUGGAAAAACCAUCUUUUAAAGGUAUUCAAGUUGACUGGCCAAGACUGUAUUACUCUGGAAAUAGAGGCAGUGACCUCAAAAUUGACUACGACGAAGCUCUGAUAAGAUCUGCUGAAAAAUGGUUAACGGCGUUCAAAAACGAUCCGUCUUUAACGGGUGGAAAGCCAUGGGUUUUGUUUUUACCACUGUUCUUCCCUCAUUGUCCUUUUGAAGUUGAGGAGAAGUGGUACAACAUGUAUUCCAGAGAGGAUGUCCCAGAGAGAGUCAAGUUAGAGACAAAAACUGGAGAGGAACCUCUGUACAUGAGAAGACUGAGAGAAAAACAUGGUUUGGUAGAUUUGCCUGAACCUGUCUGGAACGAGGUUAUCGCCACCUACUAUGGAAUGAUUAGUAGAUUGGACUGGCAAUUCGGUAGAAUUCUGGAUUUAGUAGAGGAAGACCUGAAGAAUGAUCUGUUCUUAUUUUUCUUUACCGAUCAUGGAGAAUACUUAGGCGAUCAUAAUCUAAUCGAAAAGUGGCCGAGUGGUGUUUCAGAACAAUUGACGCAUGGGCCGUUAUUCAUUGCGGGACCAUCAGUAGAGAAAGGCCAGACGAUCAAUCAUUUGGUAGAAAUGCUUGAUCUUGUACCAACGGUGUUUGAUCUAGGGAAAGUUAAAACUCGAUACCCAAACAACGGCAAAUCAUGGGUUCCAUUGUUGCACGCGCAAUCGACAGAUGAUAUCGUUCACAAAGAUUAUGUUGUAUCAGAAGGAGGCUUCUUAAAAACCGAGGAGCCGAUUAUUGAGGUCGCACCGUUUCCUUACGAUAUUAAGGCGAAUUUACAGCACGAUGAAAUUGAUACAGUUGGUCGCGUGGUCUCUAUGAGAACCAAAGAGUUCACAUUCAUAUAUCGAUUAUAUGAACCGAAUGAGUUGUAUAACAGAAUAGAAGAUCUAGAAGAGAGACACAAUCUAAUCGCCGAUCCAACAUACACGUCUAUAGUUGAUGCGUUUGAAAAGAAAAUGUUAAAGUUCUUCAUAGAAAGCAGUGAUCAUGCUCCAUUUGUAACUGACACUAGAAUUCCAGAAGUGAACCUACCUCUACCAGGAUCAAAGCAGUUUAAAUAA